AUGCUGCCGAAGAGCACUGGAGGCUUCCUCAGCCAGGAGAAACGGCCUUAUGGAGGGAAGAUCACGAGCAUGCCGAAGUUGCCAAGACCGCUUGACCUGGAGGAGAAGAAAUACAUGUUGUCCGUGGAGAAGGGCGAUAUUGCUGCGACGAAAAGGUGCUCAAUUCUGCUGAAUUCUCUUGAGAGCCAAGCGAACUGGUCAGCCGAAUGUCAACUGCAGAGACCCGUUGGGGAGAACCGCAGCUGGGAGAAGGUGGAGAGGAACAUCGCGAGUUACACCCCAGACAUCACUCCUUUAAUUUUGGCUGCUCAUAAGAACAAUUACGAAAUCCUCAAGCUUUUGAUUGACAGGGGUGCGACCAUCCCAAUGCCGCAUGACAUCAGAUGUGGGUGUGACGAGUGUGUGGAGUCUUCAUCCUCUGACUCGUUGCGACAUUCCAUGGCCAGAAUAAACGCCUACAGGGCAUUGGCUUCGCCAUCGUUAAUCGCCUUGUCAUCUACCGACCCCAUUCUGACUGCUUUUGAGCUUUCCUGGGAGCUGAAAACUCUGGCUUACACAGAACAUGAGUUUAAAGCUGAAUAUAUGGACUUGAAAAGACAGUGUAUGUCAUUCGCCGAGUCACUCCUGAACCAGACGAGGAGUUCCCAGGAGCUCGCUAUCAUCUUGAAUUAUGACCCACACACGGAUGUACCUUACCAAGAUGGGGACCACAUGAAGCUUGCGAGACUUGAACUGGCCAUAGAUUACAAGCAGAAGAAGUUCGUUGCGCAUCCUCAUAUUCAACAACUACUGGCUUCCCUGUGGUAUGAUGGGCUUCCUGGGUUCAGACGGAAAACGCCUUUGAUGAAAGCUUUGGAGAUCGUGAAAGUUGCCGUCUUAUUUCCUUACUACUGUGCUUUAUACAUGAUCGCCCCUGGGUCAAGUUCGGGAAAGCUCAUGAAGAAACCGUUCAUGAAAUUUCUCAUCCACUCAUCCUCCUAUUUGUUCUUUUUGUUUCUGUUGAUUUUGAUGUCCCAGAGGGUCGAGGAAAAGUUGCUGGAGCUGGUGUUGGGCUACCAGGACCAUGGUGGUAUAAAACAGCAACGUGGACUCGGGCCUACGAUCGUGGAAGCUGCGGUUUUGCUUUACAUUUUUGGCUUUUUGUGGGAGGAAAUCAAGGAACUCUGGAGUGAGGGAUUGGUUCAGUAUUUGGACGACUUGUGGAAUGUGGUCGAUGUGAGCAGAAACGUGCUGUAUGUCACCACGGUCAUCCUCAGGGUGUUCGCGUAUAUAGAGCAGACGCGAGAAAUCAAGUUGAACCCCGCCGUGGCCUUUCUGCCGAGGGAAAUGUGGGACCCGUAUGAUGCCCAACUCAUAGCCGAAGGUCUCUGUGCUGCAGCCAAUGUUCUUAGUGCGUUGAAGCUGGUGCACAUGUUCAGCAUUAACCCUUACCUGGGGCCUUUGCAAGUCUCCUUAGGCAGGAUGGUGAUCGACAUAAUCAAGUUCAUCUUGAUCUACACCUUGGUUUUGUUCGCGUUUGCCUGUGGUUUGAACCAGUUGCUUUGGUAUUAUGCUGAUCUGGAGAGACAAGUGUGUUUCAGCCUUCCGGACGGGCUACCAGACUGGGUUGGGCAAAGCUCUGCGUGCAUGAACUGGAGGAGAUUCGCCAACUUGUUUGAAGCUACGCAGUCGAUGUUCUGGGCAACGUUCGGCUUGUGGGGAUUGGAAGCCUUCCAGCUGAAGGGAAUCCAGAGUUACACGAGGUUCUGGGCCAUGCUGAUGUUUGGUUGCUACUCCAUCAUCAAUGUGGUGGUGUUGCUGAAUCUCCUCAUUGCCAUGAUGUCCCAUUCGUUCACUGUCAUCACGGAAAAAGCGGAUUCCGAGUGGAAGUUUGCCCGGACCGAGCUGUGGUUGAAGUACUUUGAGCCUGGAUCGACUCUUCCGCCUCCGUUCAAUCUAAUACCUUCGCCGAAAACCAUUCUUCGACUGUUGAAAGGACGCUCCACGAACCCGAAAGACCCCAGAUCCAUCAAGAAAAAGGCCAAUGAAUCGAAAGAGAGGGAUUAUAGACACAUGGCCGUGAUGAGGGCUUUGGUUUGGAGGUAUAUCAUCCAGCAGCAAAGAAGUGCAGAGGAACGUGAAGUCACGGAAGAUGACAUCAGCGAAGUGAAGAAUGACAUCUCUUCAUUCAGAUGUGACAUGCUGGAGGUCUUCAAAUCGAAUGGUUUCGCCGUUGAUGAUAUCAUGAAGAAGGAAAGCUACAGCGUUUGUAGAAAGAGCAGGAUCUGGGAGCGCAGACUAUUGAAAGACUUCCAUGUGUCGCCGAUUGCGGGUUCUGGGGAUAGAAUUCUCGGAGCAGCUGACAAGACUGAAGAACCCAAGGAGAAAUUCCGGCGAGUUGCAAGAAUGGUGAUAGGAAAACAGCAGGCAGUCUUCAGCAAGUGGGCUCUGGUUGUACGGCAAGCGCAGAAAAUGAGUCAUAUUGGUUGUACCCCGAGAAGCGCAUUGCCGCAUCGGCAGAGCCUGAAGAAAGCAAUGGAAGAAGCUGCCAAAUUGAUGUACAUCAAGUCCGACUCUCCGUUGGUUGGUAGGUCGCCGAUUCUGAUCAACAGUGCUGCUGAAGGCAGGCGUCUCCUGGACCUGCUGAAGAGUCCGUUGGCUGAAAGAGCUGCAGCUUUGAGCAAAGAGAAACAUCAUUCUGACAACUUCUUGGAAGUGCCUCCUCGGCCGGGCAUCUUCAGGGUAGUGACAAACGAAGACAGCUCGGGAGCAGCGACUCCGGUGCCAGACGCUGCAGAGAGCGAUUAUGAAUCGAGAAAGCCGGAGCCAUCACCCAUCCUGAGUCUAGCAAAGGCAGUGAUGAAAUUGCAGGAUGCUGAGGAUGCCAUGCACGAGGUACUUGAAGUGCCGGUGGACCUACCGCCGCCAUUGCCGUUGUGCGACCCCCCACCAUCAUUGCCGCUGUUCGAGCCUCCCUCAUCAGAACUGGAACCGCCAGUGGAAGAAGCUCAUGCAGAUGUUGAAAGUGGGGAUGAAACAGACCUCGUGCCGGACUGCCGGGCGGAGGACGAAGAAACACCCAAGCCCGACGUCACUCUCAUGGAACCAUUGAAACCUGAGCCGAAGAACCUCCGUAAACCAUCCACAUCAUCCCUGGAGCAAGUGAUCGUCGGCACUGAUCAUCAAGAUCUUCGCCUCGAUUUUUCGAAGGACACCAAGAAAACUGAAUCGUCCGAGUGCCUCAUCCCACCGUCUCCCCCAGAAAUCGUAGAAGAACCGGAGCCCUCGCCAAGAUCCUCUCCUUUUCAGAAAGGCGCCGGCUGGAUCUAAGCCUAAUAUCUUCAGAAUAUUUCAAUUUGUUCCUUGCACUCCCAAGCAUUUGAAUCACAUACGCUUAAUUAAAAGUAAAGGGGAUCCAUCAUAUUUGCUCCAGGGAGAAAUACAGCAGUGCUAUCCCUUGUACA